AUGGAAUGGAUGCGAGUGGCUAUAACGUAUGCUGAGCACCGGAGGAGUUUAACAGUGGACAGCGAUGAUAUAAGGCAGACGGCCAGGCUACUCUUACCUGGCUUGGACUGUGAACCUCGGCAGCUGAAGUAAGUAUUGUGCUUUUAUUGCUUGACCAAAAACAAUCCAAAAAACACUGCUAAAUUUAAUCACUGGGUAUUCUUGUGCAGCUUGUAGGUUUCAGACAAUUUGUACACACACAUGCAGAGGAAGACUGAAAUUUGUCCAAUGUUGCAACGAGUGUGUGUGUGUACCUAAACUUCAAGAUCAUCAUUUGCCAUUAAGAGACAUUUCACACUAGCCAAAUACCGUACCAAUGGGCAGAGAACCUUUUUCUUUUUCUUUUGAGGGGCAUAUUCCCUUAGGAAAGUUUUUGGACUCUUAACUAUUAUCUGUCCUGGCCAGCAGAGCCAAUGGUGAGGGGAACUGGGGUCUCCCAAGAAUGGGAGAUUACCACAUUGGCUACUCCUCCUAUGAAGUAAUAUUUUCUAAGACAGAAUCAAAAGUGGGCGCCCCCUUUUCAUGUGUGCUUGAAAUCAGUCACGUGAUCUGUGUAAACUGGGCAGACAUUUAACCAAUGGGCUUGCCUGUUCCUGUCAUGUCAAUGGCACUUAUUUUGAGUAAAUACACAAAGGAUUGGUAGCAAAAAUCCCAAACUUGGAAACUACAGCAAUGGCUCAAAACUUUUCAUGCUCUUCCAUCUGCCUACUUUUAUCAUGGACUGGAUUGAGAUGGGUAAAUGAUCACAUUUGGCACAUGCAUGACUUUGGCAGAGAAUGCACACACUGGAAACUUAAAAUGGGCCCCGGUGUCCCAGUGCGUGUGCCUCAUAUAAAUGGAAAUAUCUGGCCCUUGGAUCUCUUCUCAGCCUCUGCAGCCACAUUCGCAGGCCGCAGCCCUCUUCCUGCCCUGCUUUGCACCAUGCUGGAAUGUUUUUGGCUGCCUGGAAUGUGUCUUUGAACUCUAAAGAUGCUUCUUACUUGCCUGAAUGGAGACUAAAAGGGUUGUGCAGGUGUAGGGGGAGAGCAGCCUGCUGCACAAAGGAAACCCAGCCAGAUGGGCGGGGUAUAAAUAAUGAAUAUUAUUAUUACUAUUAUUAUUAUUAUUAUUAUUAUUAUUAUUAUUAUUAUUGAAAUCCACAGUUGUUGCUCUGUCCACCUUUGCCCCUUGCCCUGCUCAGUGCUGGCAUGUGGCACCCAGGAAGCUGCCCAGAAGGGGAUGCAGCCCUUGGCCUGAACAUGGUUCCCCACUCCUUCCAUUGCAGACUGUAGAUAAACUCAUAGUAAACAGCCAUCUGUGUUUCAGACACUAUUUAUACUCUGGCAGUUUUGCAGGCGCUGGCAGUGGUCCUGGCAUCACACAACUGCCACAAUCGUCUUUAAAUACAGAAAAUAUUUAGAUUUUAUAGAAAUCUAAAUAUUUCUACACAAUGAUUUUGAUGGUGAGAUUAAUUCCACUAUUUAUUGCUGCUCAGCGCAGUGUUUGUUGCUGAUUAUAAAUACAUCUUAUGCACGAAGGAAGGGUUUUAUUUAUCUCACAACCUUCUAUUGGAUGCUGCUGCUGAGUCCCUGCUUGGCUUUGGACAAGUCAUCAAACAUGCUCCAGUGUGACCAUUUGUAAAUCUCGUAAAAGGUUUAGUAUUCAUUAUGAGAAGAAAGGUACUGCAAAGAUUAAUCGUGCUUUUUUUAUUGAACAUUAAGAUAGUUAGAUGAAAUGCACUGGGGAAAAUAUUAGCAUUUCCCUUAGGUAGUCAGAUGAAUGAAUUGCUCAAAAGUCACUGCAAGAUUUCUUUCUUCUUAGUCAAGCUAACAUUAAUCUCACAAACAGAGAGAUUGUGAAUUUAAUAGAGUGCUAUAUUUUAUGGAACAAAUUCUUUAAUAGGGAGUUGAAACUAAAAAUAGAAUAAAACAUCACACAGUGAGAUUUCUAAAGCCCCUCUGCCCAACAGUAGACCUUAAUGCAUCUUCACAAACAUCCUGUAAGGUAGUAAAAAAUAAAAUAAAAGCAGGAAACUUGUAACAAAUAAUAGAACAAGCAUGUUGAUGUGGCUGUCAACUUUCUGAAACUAAGCAGCUCCUAGUCUGGUCGGUGCUUGGCUGGGAGACUGCUGGAGAACGGCAUGUGUGCUGCUGUGGAUUCUAUGAUGGAAAAAAGGUGGGCUAAAAAUGCAAGAAAAUAUAUAAAUGACAGCUCAGAUGGCUUCAUAAAGAUCCUUCUUUCUCACCGUGCGACCUUACUCGUUAAUUUCAGUUUAACAGGCCCAGUUUGCCUACACAGAAGACUGCAUCGAAUGAAUGUGCUGGCCAUGCGUGCAAGAGAACUGUCACAUGGUCCAGUGUGUUAGAUCUAGUCUAGAAAGGGCAGCACCAUGCUAUAGACUACAUUGUAAAUCUUUGGGCCGCAGAUGGUUAGUGCCAUUUUUUAUUGCUUCACCAUGUAAAAAAAAAUCUUGCAAGUACAAAACUAGCAUUCUGGAAUGAGACAUUAUAGGUAAGCUUGCUCACUAAUGCCAGUUUUCUAAGAGUAUAGAGCUUUCAUAUGGGGGAGCAUUCAGAAAUAUGAUUCCCACCUACCAAUGUGGCCCUCUGUGAAAGUUCAGAACAGCGCAAGGAUUUAUGCUUGCACAACACCACAUUCCCUCCCCCCACCUCACCUUCUCCACACCUCUUCUAAAUAUGUUCUAGGGGUUCCCACAACCCUCUGGAGCUGAUAUGGGGAAGAUGUGUGAAAUGCAUAGGGGGAGCAGGGGGAAAAUCCUAUUAUUCAAGGAGAUGGGAUGGGGUAGUUGAGUACUGUUCCAUAUAGUACAGGAAUGAGACAACUCUGAUUUUCAUUAGGUCAUAAGGCCCUGCUUGAUUUUAUUAGAAGUGGUAGCUUUUUAUUUGAAAGAAAAUAAAUUGAAUCUUAUAAAGCUUUUUCCUGGUUGUGUGGAAAUAUUUUUGUGUGAAAAUAUUUUUCCUCAGCUAUCUGCAAACAAACAAUUGGGGUUCUGGUGUGGGGUGUGUGGGUGUAAAUGUUAUGAUACAAACAGAAAUAAGUACAGACAUCUUGUAGUAACGGGCUGCAGCUCUGUGGUCAGGGAAAGUCUGGGCAAAAGGAUUAGUCUUUACAAGACAUCUUAAGCAACUGACAGGUGAUGUUUCACAUAUGGCAGAGGGAAGGGCAUUUCAGAAUGCAGGGGCAGUAGUGGACAGAUUACUCCUGAGGCAAUGUGGUGCUCAAAAGGGGAAAAGAGGUCGCCAACCACCUCUAUUGAUCUUCCCCCAGCCGAGUCAAACCAAGGCCUGCUGAAAUUCAGGACUAUAAAUAAUCAUAAUGGUAAUAAUACAACCCCCUUUAAUAUUAAUAAUAUGGCCCUCUUUAAUACCAGUAAUGCACUGCUUAAAAUUGCAGCUAUAUUUUCUGGCUAUGUGUCCCCCACAGGCCUGAAUGCUGCUUCAGUUCCUUCCGGAGAAUGGAUGCAAAGGCCGCCACUGAAAAAUUCCAGCAGGAUUUGGGGUUUCGAAUGCUGAACUGUGGAAGGACUGACUUGAUCAACCAAGCUAUAGAAGCAUUGGGUCCGGAAGGGGUCAAUACAAUGGAUGAUCAGGUAUGUAGAAGGACGGGGUGUGGGUGUAUCUAAUAUUAAUUAGGCAGAUCAGUAUACAAAGCACUUACUGAGAUAGCUCAGACACGGUCUCUUCCAGCUCUGUAGCCCUAUGAUUCUAAGUUGCAGAGGACGUUCCAGUUCGUGAGAACUGAUACUCUUCCUUCCUGUUUCUGCCCACCAUUAUCACAUUCUGGGGAUUGGCGGACAGAGGCAAUUUCAUGGGCAGCAGCACCCAAGUAAAAUUUCUCAUGGGGCAACACAGCAGCAACAAGAACAUCAGCAGGCACACACCCCUCAAUCCACGGAUGUUCUUUGGAGGUUGUCAACCAUUAUGGACGUGUUUGGACAUGUUGACAAAGGGAAGGCAAAAUGGCUGUAUCCUGCUGCCAUUUCAGGGACUCCAGUUGGUUGUGUGAAGAGGGGAGCCUAUUCUUCUUGCAGAGUUCUCCCCUACAGCUAGGGCUAGCUCCCUAGUGCAGACCUUUGCCUCCAACUCAUGGGGGGUGAUGAGAAUGGACAAUGACAAUGGGGCAAGUGAACAGACCUAGCAUGCUCAUCCCUCUCUCCCUUAUGCAAUUCUAUCUCAUGCAGUUAGUAUUCCCAGAUAAGGUUCCAAAGUGUGCCUAUAAACUCCAUGUGAGAAUCUGAAUCACAGGCUUUUUGAUGGUCAUUGCUUUUGGGCGUAGCAAUCGAAGUUUGCUGACCACAUGUUUUGUCCUUAAAGGGUAUGACUCCACUCAUGUAUGCCUGUUCUGCUGGUGAUGAAGCCAUGGUCCAGAUGCUGAUCGAUGCUGGUGCAAAUCUAGAUAUACCAGUAAGUAAAGACUGAACCCAGGGACGCUGCCAGUUUAAGGUCUGACCAAGAACCAUUGCUUAUUAUCCCUCAGAAACAGCGUCUUGUUUUGGGACGAUUGCAUGUACUGAAGGCCAUUCUGAGAGAGAGAGAUUUCCUUCUCUGAAAAAUAAUUGUUAUGGAUUCUAGAGCAAUAAAGCUUAAAUCACCUUCAAAGCUUGCCACAGAUGAGAUCAUGAUUAACAGUGGCAUAGUAAUGGGGAAAUAGAGGGAGUAAAUGUUUCCUCCCUGCAAAAGCAGCCUCUGAAGGAAACCAGUAGAUGCAGUAGAAAAAACCCAAGGGAUUGAAUACACUGAUUGGUGUUGGCAGUACUUUCUGAGUCGUGUCAGCCUGUCAUUCCCAGGGGCCGUAAUUUACUAGGGAAGUGCCACUCCCAGGCAUUUUUAAGGGGAGAAGAAAGAUGGCAGUGGCUAAACAUUCUUUCAAUUUUUCCUAGGUCCCUGGUAGUUCCUCCCGAUACCCAUCAGUUCAUCCUGAUAGCCGGCACUGGACCGCACUCACCUUUGCUGUGUUACAUGGACAUAUCUCUGUAGUUCAGGUGAGCAAAAGACAAGUUUUCAAUCUGCAGUUUGAAAUAACAAGAAACAAAAUGGAGAUGCAGGGCAUGCAAGUUCAGAAACUAGUUGCUUUUGGAACACAUAUCUAUCCUGUAAAGAUGAUGAUGAUGAUGAUGAUGAUUUAUCAACAAAAAACACAAACAGGAUAGAGCAUAGUUUUUAAAAAAAUAACAACAGUACCAGGUCAUCACACAAAUAACAACAUAUAAUAAACUUACUCCUAAAACGAUUUCAUGUGAUCAUUAUAUUUUGUCUACAUAUUAUAUUUAUAAUAUACUUAAUAGUGUAUGUGGUUGAAUAUUUCCUUGCAUUGUAUUACAUUACGAACACACUCCAUUUUUCAAUAACAAAGUUAUUGACUUGAAGACCUUCCCUUACGCUCAGGAUAUUAAUCAAUUUUACUACAUUCAUUAACUCCCCAAACCUCAAAACCCAUUCAUCCUUUUCCCCAGUUAUGACAGAUUAUCAUAUGUCUCUCUGUUAAAAAAUAGAUUACAAUUUCUUUAUCUUUCCAGAAUAUUAAAUCUUUCACAUAACCCAACAGCAAUUAGGACUGGAUCUGCAGACAGAUCUACAGUAUUAUAAGUUGACUUGAUUUUUCAGCUCAACACAUGAUCAUUGGCAUCUCCAACAAAUAUACCACACUAAUAAACUUAUAUCAGUUUUGUAUUACUUCCCAGCUUUCCAGAAGAAAGGAAAAUUCAGCAAGUUUGCAGUGCUGAUAUGCUAUGUCUGCAGUAUAAAUAUGGCAUAACAUUUGUUCAUGCAAUGUUUUGCUCCUCAUUAUUUGUUUAACUGAAGGUUUUCAUGGACCAGUUGCAAAGGUACCAUCAUUGAUCGAAAGAAUGAUAUAUUUCGAAGGGAUCUGCCCACAAUAUGAUUGUUUUAAGAUCAGGAUUGAUCACAUGCUUAGUUACGGCAGGACAAUAGAGACAUCUGGAAAUCCAGAUCCUCUUGCUGUUAUUAAUUAUAUCUGGAUACGGGAAGAAUAUGUGUAAAAUCAUUUGUGCAUUUAUAAAACAGUGGCAUCGCACUGGUUAUGCUUCUCCAGGCUCUUCCAGUAGUUCUAGCAGAAUUGACCUUUACAUGAAGAAGAGAAGUCUAAAAGUUUCCUCCCUCUUCCCAAGUAAUAAAAAGAAUGCCUGCAGUAUGAUCCUAAGUGGGUCUAGUUGGAAGUGUAUGUAGAAUUUCAAUUUACAGCAUAAUUCCAUACAUGUCUACCCAGAAGUAGGUCCCAUUGACUUCAGUGGGGCUUACUCCCGGGUAAGAGUGCCUCCACACUGAAUAAGGAAUGAUGCUCCAUUUAUAACUAGCUUUUAUUUGUUUAAUUUCUUCUUCCAAGAUAAUGAGGAAGCAAUAUGAGCAGAUAUCUUGAUAAGUAUAUUUGGUAGCUAGAAUGUGUCUACAUAUUAAAAAUUAGAUUAAUGAAAUCUAACAAUAUAUCCAGAAGUUGCAAAGCAACAUGUUUGAAAUGUUUCUUUAAUAUGUCAUUGGAAAAACCAGUGUUGGUCAUUCCUUACACUCCCAAACACGUCAGCUGCUGCCUUGUGCAUGUCCUCUUUCUGCUUAUAUUGUCUGUGUUGUGGUCAAAGGCUUCGUAGAAUUUGGAUCCAAUGAUGUAUUUAGGGCUCUUGAAAUUCUGUUGUUAUCUCCAUUUAAUGUCAAUAGGAAUUUAAAAUGAACAACAGCAAGUAGUCAGUCACAGGUAGAGAUUUUCCUGUUUCUGCUAUUUCUGUUCACAUAAGUUAGCAAGCAAUUGUGGACAGAGUUCAUUCAAUUUCGAAUUAUACAUAAAUGCAAAUGUCCAUGCAAAUGAGAUUUUGCCUUCAAAGACUUGGAACAUUGCCAAUGCACUCUUUAGUAUUGCAAAGGCCGGGCACACUUAAUUUACACAUGCAAUGAUAAUAAGCGUGUUUUGCCCCAGAGACACCACUGAGAAUCCUGUCAACAGAACCUUUCAGAAGAAAUGAAGCCUUGGGCUUUCUAAGCCAUGUUUUUGUUAACUGCAAUUAAUGUUUACUCACUCCCUGUUGUUCAGUGGUAAACAUUUAAUCUUUGGAAGCUCUGUUUUUCAGAUGUCUUCAGUGACCCAUGGGAAUUAAUUGUAGGACCGAUUCUGCAAUAGUAAUAAUAAUAAUAAUAAUAAUAAUAAUAAUUAUACCCUGCCCAUCUGGCUGGGUUUCCCCAGACACUGGGCGGCUCCCAACAGAAUAUUAAAAACACAAUAAAAGAUCAAACAUUAAAAACUUCCCUAAACAGGGCUGCCUUCAGAUGUCUUCUAAAAGUCAGGUAGUUGUUUAUUUCCUUGAUAUCAGAGUAAACACAAUGUGGGCAGAUCCUAUGGACACACAUGCUUGGAUUACUCAGUGGUAGUUGUGUAACUGCCACAUGCAGCUUUGAGGAACAUUCAGAUGUACAAAUCAAAAUGCUCCUUUUAACGACAGCAUUCCCCUUUUCAUAUUUUUGUAAUGUUUCAUUGAAGAAUGUACACACUGAGACCUUUAGAGCUGGUAAACAAGAAGGCAGUAAACAUAAGUAAACUUGAAGGAGUUUUCUGCACAGCAUUCUCCAAUAAGAAGAGAGGUGGAUGCUAUGAGCCUAGUACAGUGGACCCUCCAGAUACGAACUUAAUGCGUUCCGGGAGUCUGUUCGCACCCCGAAAAUAACAUAAAUAGAGGUGUGCUUCUGCACACACACACACGGCACGAUUGAGCACGUCUGCGCAUGCGCGUGUGGCAAAACCCGGAAGUAUACACUUCUGGGUUUGCCGUGGCCGUAACUCGAAGAUUCCAUAUCCAGAGGGAUACGUAAGUAGAGGUACGAUUGUAGUGGAUUUCUGCUGAGGGAGGUUACUCUUGUACUUUUUCUGUUGCUCUGUUUCUUGAGUUGUUUGUUCCUACUUGCGUUUGCAGUUGCUCCUGGAUGCUGGCGCCCACGUCGAAGGCUCUGCUGUGAACAGUGGAGAGGACAACUAUGCAGAGACCCCACUCCAGCUGGCUUCAGCAGCAGGCAAGUCUGAGCAAGCCUUGCAUUUUCACUCCCCAGAAGCAGGAAUUUGCUCUCUUAAUGCGCAGUAGGUGUCAAAACACAUAAAAGUGGGAAGAAGCAAUGUUUUCAAAACUGCCAAAUGCAUCUGUUCCCGCACCCUUCAAUAUUUUUAAGCUGACAGCUGCUGUCAUGCAAUUGCUGACUGAGCAUUCUGUGUGCCCGGUAGGGCACUGGGAUGAUGUGUAAGUUGCGCCAUGUGAACAAGGCUGUGUGUGACCCAAGUGGAGGCAUGUCCAUCCGGUCUUCUUCAUCCUAUUUCAGGGGGAAUGGUCAUAGGUGUCUGCUGUACAAAUGCGCAAAGUUGUAUACUCGUUUCCUAGGCUGCACAUUCUCUUGUACACUCAGUGGGACGUGCCUCACCCUACAUACAGGUUUCUCUGCUCACGAUGUGUGAACUGGCCAUAUGUGGGUUCUUUUAUACCUGGAUCAGCUGUGUGUCAUUUACUGUACAGCAUUUUAAUGUGUGGUGUGCAUCAGUUAACCUAUAACCCAUUUUCUCUCUAUGAAUGAACACAUAAAUCAGAUGGUUUCUAUACAGUAUAGUAUAUCCUUUGAAAAUAUCAAUAAAGGUAAAAUGGUUUGUCUUUCUAGGCAAUUAUGAGCUAGUCAGCUUGCUGCUGAGCCGGGGAGCAGAUCCCCUUCUAAGCAUGCUGGAAGCCAAUGGGAUGUCCUCAUCGCUUCACGAGGACAUGAAUUGCUUUAGCCACGCCGCUGCACAUGGACACAGGUAAACCUCAUGGACAGGCACUCAUUUGCAGACAAUGAUGCUUAAAAUGCCAAGUUAACAGCGAUGGACUGCACUUCAAGGUGGUUGUACACUAUUUCCCCUCUCCCUCCAGCAAUAUGGGUAUAACAAGACCAGGGGCAUUUUGCAAGGCUGGCAUAACCCACACUCUCUUAGCCACUGCUCUGCCCUCUUCAAUAUAGGCAUAAUAAGGAUGAACUUUAUUGCAAUUGACGGUCAGGGACUGGGCAGAGGAGGAAUGGUGGAGACCACCUCCACAUCCCGACCAUUCCAGGGAGGAGGAAGACAGAAUAGAUUUAUGACAGGGGUUUGAGGAAGGUAGCAGCUUAGAGGCAGAUGAGGGGGGAAGUUGGGAAAUCAUGGGAGAGCCAGAACAACACUCAGCUGACUUGUCGUUAGAAAGUAUUCCAGCCCCUCCAUCUCCCAGAACCCAGAGAGCCUUGAAAAUAGGAAAGCAAAGAACUCAGAGACAGAGGGCACAUAGCAGCACUCGUAGAGCAGAUGAUGAGAAUGACGAGUGAGGAGGUGGGAGAGACGGAGGUUGGAGAUUCACUCGAGACAACGCCAUUAUCCAAGAGGCUGGGCUCAAUAGCCUCUCUGUGUAAAUACUGAAUAAAAAAGGACAGUAAGAAAUCUUCCUUUGUCUUUAUACUUUCCUGGGCAACAGCCGGGAGUUGCUGACAGCAUCCUGACAUUGACAUUAACAGAGUAUUUUUUUAAAAAGUUUACAAACACAGAAGAAAACAACAUUUUUGUAUGACAUAAGUCCCAAGUUAGGAAGAUCGUGAACUCAUGUCUCUGCUGCUAUAUUUUGCUUUUGACUUCACUCCCCCAAUCACACCUAUGUUAAAAUCAUGGGUACCUGAACUACAGAAUAUCAAUUACUUCUUCACUAGGAAAAAGCAGCAGAAAAUUUCACUAUCUGUUGCUUCUUUCUGGGAAAAAUGCACAAGGAGAGCAUACAGGAGAGAUAAAUUUGUGCCCUCUGUAGUCAUACAGAAAACGUCAUGUGCCCAGCUUGUGCGCAGAGAGAACAGCGGCAAGCAGUAAUUUAGAUCCACCACUAACAGUUGGUGUGGCUGUCGUGUAAAUUUGUGUGGUGCAGUGGAAUGUGGACCUGCUGAGCUAUGAAGCUCAUGGGGUGGCUGUAGAUUGUUAUGAUGGUAAAGGAAGAUGAACCCAUGCAUGCUUCUCUUGCUCUUUGGGGGAAGAAGGGGAUACAAAUUGGGGUAGGUGGGUGGGAAACACAGAUAGCCUUUGGACAAAACAAUAAGUAUGCAGGCACUGAAAGGAUUUAAUGUUGAAUUCUGCUUUUAUAGUUAUCCUGCUGAUAUGAAAAGGCACUUUGCCAUCUUUAAAGCAUAUCUGUGGAGAUAAGGGUCUAUUAACCCAAACUUCUCACAUAUCCUGGAAUGAGCUUAUACUUUAGCCCUCUUCAGGCAAUACCUGUACGUGUUAAGUAAAGAGGUGAGGGGGCAAUGAGCAUGUAGCUCUGCCACCGCUACUCCAGUUGCCAUUGGGAUCACCUUCCACAAGCAGGAGGGCAAUCUUCUGAAGUGGGCAGACUUCUGUACCCAUGGAGUACAUUCUUGUAUGUUUUAGAAUACAGUGGUACCUCAGGUUACAGACGCUUCAUGUUACAGACUCCACUAACCCAGAAACCAGUACCUCAGGUUAAGAACUUUGCUUCAGGAUGAGAACUGAAAUCGUGUGGCGACAGCAGGAGGCCCCAUUAGCUAAAGUGGUACCUCAGGUUAAGAACAGUUUCAGGUUAAGAAUGGACCUCUGGAACGAAUUAAGUUCUUAACCUGAGGUACCACUGUAAUGGGGUUUUCAAGAUCUGUGUGGAGCCUCCAUGGGUACAGGAAGCUCUCUUCUUCAGACAGUCACUCAGCAACUUGUGGAGGGCCACAGGUUCGAUGGGGAAUAUUGCUAUAGCACACUCAUCUCUCAUGCCCCACCCUCCACACCCCAUGUUUAACAAAUACAGGAUCUGAACACCUGAAGAGAACCCGUUGGGAUACCACACCCAACCGCGAAUAGCAUCUCUCAUUUUCCUUUCUUGCAGAAAUGUUCUGCGCAAGCUCUUGACCCAGCCGCAGCAGUCCAAGGGAGAUGUCCUCUCGCUGGAAGAGAUUUUAGCAGAGGGCGUGGACAGUGACACCUCCAGCCAAGGAAGCUCCAACGAGGGCCAGGUUAAGCUAUGCAAAGCCAGGAUGAAGGCUUUGCAAGAGGCCAUGUACUACAGUGCUGAGCAUGGCUACGUCGACAUCACAAUGGAGCUCAGAACGCUUGGUAAGGGGAGCUCAUUUCCGGACACAUUGCUUCAAGAAUAACAAGGCCUGUGAUUUUAAGAUAUGGGAGCAUUCCCACUCUGUCUAUAAAAUUUAUUUAUUUAUUUAUUUAUUUAUUUAUUUAUUUAUUUAUUUAUUUAUUUAUUUGAGGUGUUUUAGUACAUCUUAUAUAAUGGGCGAGAUUCAACCACUGAGUUCCAUCAGCAGAAGCCCUGAACAAGGACCUCUGUUUAUGGGUGGGGUGCCCCCUUCUUGUCCCCCCCUGUAUGCCCCUGCACUCCCGAAAUUGGAUCUGAGGGGUAGGGAUAAAACAGCAUGUGAGGGAUCGCUCUAUCCGGCAAGCCAAAAUGCUUGCACCACUGGAACGAUUGGAAGAGUGCAGCGUUGAAUUCCUCUAAAUAUGUUUCUAGAAUACAUUACAUAAAACUUUAAUAAGUCAGCACCUGCCUGAAAGCUUACAUUCUAAAAGGCAAGACAACAGAAGUAGUGGAGAGAGGAAAUAUUUGCAUUUCUGUGUUUAUCCAUAUUUUAUUUAUUAAUUAUAGUGUUUCUGAAGUAGAAAGAGGGCCCUCUUUACUGUUGGAGUAACACAUGAGAAUUGCAAAGUAACAGAACGUUGCCCUGUGAUUUCUCAACUUUUAACAUUUGUUUGCACAUUCUAAAAGCAGAGCAAAUAAAUAAAUAAAUACAGAUCUCCAAGAUUUUUUACAAUCGUUUCACAUCUGUUCCUAAUUUGAUCCAUGCCAAAGAACUCACUGUGUUUGUUGUAAACAUCUAGUUGUAGCAAUGUUCAGUUUUAGAAACAAUGUAUAGGACAUGGGUAGGAAACCUAAGGUCCGUGGGCCGAAUGCGGCCCAAUCACCUUCUCAGUCCGGCCUGCGGACGGUCCGGGAAUCAGAGUGUUUUUACAUGAGUAGAAUGUGUGCUUUUAUUUAAAAUGCAUCUCUGGGUUAUUUGUGGGGUAUAGGAAUUCGUGUGGGUUUUUUUUCCAAAAUAUAGUCCGGCCCCCUGCAAGGUCUGGUUGGCAGUGGACCGGCCCCCUGCUGAAAAAGUUUGCUGACCCCUGGCAUAGGAAAAGUAAUCUGGGAAAGCUGAAUACCUGUUUGUAUUGCAUUGAAUUAAUAUUGAAGUUCCAGCAACCUGUCUCAGUUAUGCGAAAUAUAUAAUUGCUGAAUAAUAAACUGAACUUCAAUGAUCACAUAAACUUCUGGCAGUAAAUAAAUAAGGAAGCUGUUUUUGGCAUUAACACAAUCUUCCUGAAAUCAGGGUUGUUCACAGUUUCUUAGCCACAGAUCUAUAAAUGCUUACGUGCUAUACAAAGUAAAUACUUAAAACUUCAGGAUAGCUCUAUUCUUUAAGCUGAAUUACCAUCUCCUCAUAAGAGCUCAUAGAAGCAUGACUUGUCCUGUCAAAAACAAUGCAAUUCUUUUUCUGUAUUAGAACUGAACACACCAGCUGAAGAAUUCUGGGCUGACCAAAGGCAGAGAAAGGCCAUGAUUCUAUAGUUAAAAUAGUUGUGUAUAAUAUGUCAAUUUCUCACCCCUGUCUAACUAACCACAUAUGCCAAAAAUUAUUCUUCCAUACAACUCUUGAAGUGGUGGGAGUCCUGCCUUGUUUUGCAUUUAGUCAUUAUAAUGACAAAUAAAAAAGUGCAAGUGUGGUAAUAGCCUUAAGCAGACUGGUUUCAUAGAAACAUAGAAUUGUAGAGCUGGAAGGGACCGCAAGGGCCAUCUAGUUCAACCCCCUGCAAUGCAGGAAUCUUUUGCCCAACAUGGGGCUCAAACCCACAACACUGAGAUUAAGAGUCUCACUGUGGUCUAAACUGAGCCUCUAGGGCUUGCCAAUCAGGUCGGCGGUUUGAAUCCCCACAAUGGGGUGAGCUCCCAUUGCUUGGUCCCUACUCCUGCCAACCUAGCAGUUCGAAAGCAUGCCAAAAAGUGCAAGUAGAUAAAUAGGUACCGCUCCGGCAGGAAGGAUUCACCAGAAGCGGUUUAGUCAUGCUGGCCACGUGACCCGGAAAAACUGUCUGCGGACAAACGUCGGCUCCCUCGGCCAGAAAAGCGAGAUGAGCGCCGCAAUCCCAGAGUCAUCCACUACUGGACUUAACUGUCAGGGGUCCUUUACCUUUACCUUUAUUAACUUCAGUGGGUCUGCUCUGAGUAGGACUAGUUUUAUAUACAACCCACUAUGUCUAUCAUACAUUGCAAGUAAAUUCCCCAGAGACAUCUGGUUAGAAUAUUGAGAAGAAUCGUUUGGUUUGAUUCAGCAAAAAAAAAAUGUCUAUUUUCUGCCUUUUCUUUUGCUGCCAUCAAUUCAGAGCUUUCUCCAUGGUAAAAUAAUCAUUUUUGCUUUCUAAUGAAUGGCCACAGGAAUCCCAUGGAAGCUCCACGUAUGGAUUGAGUCACUCCAAACAACUUUUUAUCAGUCUCGUUACUCAGUAGUGCAGAAUCUUCUACGGGAAUUCGUCACCAUUAAAGAAGAAGACUACAAUGAAGAGCUGGUUAAUGAUGGACUGCAGCUGAUGUUUGAAAUCCUCAGAACCAGCAAAGUAAUCAGUUUCAAAACUAUAUUCAGAUAUGCAUUGUUUGGCUCAAGAAAAUCUUCGGCACCUUCCAAGGGCUCUGUAGUUUGCUUGGGGGGAAUCAGUGAUGUGUGAGGAUCCCAGUUAAUUCUGGAAGCAGGGGACAAUACCAUGCUGUGUUUACUUGAGCCUGAUUAACACAAUUUUGCCAGGGAUCAAAUGUAAAAGGUCUCAACAAAGUCUCCAUCUAAGCAGAGACCCUCCUUCUAAUAGUAAUUGAGAUACCUGUAGUGAGUUUGCUCUAAAAGGGUUUCAUUAAAACACACACACACACACACACACACACACACACACACACACACACACUAUUUAGCUAAAAUACUUUUAUUCUGCCUUUCUGCCACAUAGUUGCAUACAUGGAAAUUUAAAUGCGUGUAAUUUGCAAAGAUCUAAAUAGUUACACUGCAUUAUACAGAAGUAGGUAGACACUUCAAAAGGAUAAUAGAGGGCCUAGUCUUACUCCAGCUCAAGCAAUUCACAACUAGUUGCAAAAAUCACCCCUCCCAGCUGUGGAGUCACAUGCCUAUAUACAUGAAAAAAGACAUCUAGCUCACAUAGUGGGGUCCAGAUUUGUAGAGAGAUUCCAGUAAGAAUGGAUUUAAAAUUAGCUCUGUUUGAACCUUACACUCCUUGUCCUUCAUAUUCCUCUAUAUACUGUAAGGGAGCAGCAAGGAAAAUAGGCAGCUUUUAUCUGUCUGAGAUUGGUCCUUACAGAGCUCUAAUGAUCUCCAUUCGUUCUUAUUCACAGAAUGAGUCUAUCAACCAGCAACUUGCCUCUAUCUUUGCUCACUGCUACGGAAGCAGCCCCAUCCCUGGCAUUCCUGAAAUCAGGAAGACACUUCCAGCACGCCUAGGUAAGAUGAUCACCAGCCGAGAUUUUGAGGGUAUUGUUUUUGACUGUGAAGCCUUGCUAAACCAUUUCCUCCUCCUCUUCUUCUUCUCCUUCACAGAUCCUCACUUUUUAAAUAACAAAGAUAUGUCCGAUGUUACUUUUCUAGUGGAAGGAAAACUGUUUUAUGCGCACAAAGUUCUUCUGGUGACUGCUUCAAACAGGUGAGAUACUUAGGAAGUGGCACAUGAUACCUUUGCAGAGUCAUUCCAAGAUCAAGAAAGAUGAAUGGUUGAGUUGCUUACUCAAAGAAGUAAUCCCUAUUUUAGUUUUUCACAAUGCCAACCUGUCAUUUCUUUGAACAUGGAUGCAAGGAAGCAUCGCUGUCUUGGCAGCUGUAUUCUCCUCCAUACGUGUUAGCCUGUGUAUCUGUCACAUCCGAUCUACACAUUCAUGUGAACCAUUCUUCAGCUUUUAUUGAUAACUUGAAAUACUUAAGCUGUAGAAGGAGGAUUAAUGGAUGGUUGCAGCUCAGAAUGGCAGAGAGCAAGGCCAGAGGAAGGCUUUUCUUCUUUCAAGGAGAAUAGGACUAAACAGGAUUAGAUAUGGUAUGUAGCAGGCAUGGGAAACCUACUGCCUGUGGGUCUCAUUAGAUCUAACAUAGCUUCUGGUUUUGGCCACAAGACCAUUUUCUCAACCAGAACCAGCUGCCCAUUACCUGUUGUCAGGUGCAGGGCAAGUAAAGGUACUGAUGAAAAGGAACAACCUCAGGAAGGUUAAACUGUGCUGCCGAUUGUUACUUGGAAAACAUGCCCAGCAUUCAUCUCCUUUAAAAUUUGACACCAAACCCAAGCCCCACUGGGAUUGGUUUCACUUUGGAAGUUUAGAUCAGGGCUCCAGAGGGGAGCCCAUUCCUGCUGAAAGCAGGGCUUGCAGUCAGUGAUGCAAAUGCAACCCCCAUUGGGACUGUCUGUACUUGGAUGCAAUCAGCUGAUGGACAAGUAUUUCAUGUUUCACUUUCACCAGAGUUGGAUAAGAUCACAUAUUAGCCAAAACCAGGCUUUGAAGGACAAGGGGAAAUAAUGAGAGGCAGGAGGGCGCAUGCAACCCCAUGGUUUGUUCCCAGCCUGGCCUCAUGUUAAAACUUAAUCAGUCCUUCAUAACUUUUUUUGUAUACCAGGAGCUAGUAAAAAAAAUGGUUCUACCUACAUAUUUUUAAUUCUGCCUCUCCCAUAGAUGUUUCUAUCAGGAAAGAAGGUGUCAUUGAAACUCCUCAAGCUAUAGGCCCCUUUUUCACUUCACGUAUAGAAAAAUAAUCUAAGCAAACGCAGCUUGAAAGGCUCUUUCUGAAAUCUUUCCUCUUGCUUUCAUAGGUUUAAGACACUGAUGACCAAUAAAACUGAACAAGACAGUCAAGGUAGCAAGACUGUAGAAAUUAGUGAUAUGAAGUACAGUAUCUUCAAGGUAUGUAUUUAAGAAUAAUCUGCACUGUUGCCCUUUUCAAAUGCUAAAACUGAGUGUGAUUCAGAGGCAUCAUAGUCUUAAAAGUUUCAGGUUUAGGGGACCUGUCAUUCAAAAGAAUUAACAAUAUUGGCUGAAGAAGUGGGUUUUGCUUAUGUUCAAAAGAAGAAACCAAUAUAAAUGAACUCCAAAAUUCAUUCAUCAAACUGAGAUCUACCCAAAAUUCAUUUGUCCAACCAAACGCUUUACUCCGUCCCCGGUUACUUGUUGAUGUGGGCAAAGUAGCUUGUGAAUCAGAGAUUGCUGAAAUGCUCAGCAGCAGUUUUCAUGUCAUGGUGUCACUUUUUGCAUUGGUGAUGAACUGCUAUUACUUUUGUCCAUGACAAGCAAAUUUAUACCAGAGAUAACUGGGACUUCUAGCACAGCUCAAACUGUACUUGUGUAACAGUCACCAAAAUCUGCUGGAAGUUACGCGGCAUAAUUUUUAUGGCAUGUUAAGCAAGUUAGGUCUGAAUAGAGUCAAAAAAUGUACAGCCUUUGUGUUGAAUCUGUUUAAUGGUCAAAAGGUUAAAAGGGUUGGAAUAUUUAACUUUUACUCUCUUUUUCAAACAUCUGCAAACCUUAAUGUCCAGUCUGUCAUGAAAAGGGAGAGUUGGCAUUGGCAUAUAAACAAAAAUAUACACCACUGAAAUCCAGCACUCAGGAGCUCUUCCCACUUUCCAGAUCUGUUUUUAAAGAUCUACAGGAAAAUGUGUUGAGGCUGGAAAACUGAAAGCCUAAAAGUAACAUUCUGUGGAACUGACACAAGGAUCCGUUUAUUUGCACUCUUUCCUCAGCCAUCAAUCACUUAUUUUUUGUGCUUUGGCUAUAUAGGAAAAAUGCAAUUGCAGCUCAGUUUGCAAAGUGGAGACAUUCUGUAUUUUAAUCUCGAGCUGAGCUGUAAUUGCUAUGUUUGCAUCCAGACUUUGCUGGCCAGACCGGUCCAUCGCCAGAGUUGAAUAGUAAAGAGCUUACAUGGAAAUUAAUAUUGCAUAUUGCACUUGCUUUAAUUUAUAAUCACUGAAAGUUUCUGUAUUGGGAGCCAAGUUGCUGUGUGAGUUUCCCAAGGCAAACCUGUGAGUUCGUAUUUCUCACUGCUUUGGCUGUGUUCCUGUUUCAGAUGCUGAUGCAAUAUUUAUAUUAUGGAGGAACAGAAUCUAUGGAAAUUCCUACUGCUGAUAUUUUAGAGGUGAGAGCAUUUCUCCCAAUCCCUUUCGGUCUAUUGCAGUGGUUCUCAAAGGGUGUGGCAGGAGAGGAUGGUAAGUGUGGCAGGAAGAUUCAAGGACAAUUACAGAAACAUUUAAACAUUUCACUAUAGUAUAGUAUAGUAUAGUAUAGUAUAGUAUAGUAUAGUAUAGUAUAGUAUAGUUUCACAGAUUCCCCCCCCCCCCCUGCCCCAGAAUAUGGAUAGGUAUCUUUUCAAAAUGAGAGCAAGAGCAUCAAGUGAUUCUGAGGACAAUCCUGGUUGCCAUUUAUCAUUAUAUUUUGGGAAUGAUUCAUGUUCUUAUGUAGCUGCAUUGUUUUAUACUUUCUGGGUGUCCUAUGAUCGUGUUAUAAAAUAGUCGUGCUCUAUGUUAUAAAUCAAGCACUUCUAGGAGUUGUUUCUUUAUGUUUUCCAAUGUAUUUCUGAUCAAUAAGAAAUUUGGUGUGGCGUGAGCAAAUACUUAUUCUGAAAGUGCGGCCCAGAGAAAAAAAAGUUUGAGAACCACUGGUCUGUUGUCAUCUUGUGCUGGUUCAGGAUUAUUUAUUUAUUUAUAUACCAAUAAACCAUAAGCACACUUCAAAGUAGUUUGCAUUAAAAAGACACAAUAAAAGCCUUCAGAAGUUAAAAAGAAUUUACAAAGGAAAAGGUUAAAAACAAGCAUUGUGGAAGGAUGAACUCUUAAUUCCCUGCAUAGGACUGAUGGAAUAGAAAUGUUAGUAUCAAUAAUAUUGAGGACAUGUAUCUAUACCACAAAAUUUGUGCUUUGAGUUUGGAAUGAUAUAUUCUGAAACCAAAAGAGCACUUCACUGUUUAGGGAAGCUUUUAAUGUUUGACGGACUAUUGUAUUUUAAUAUUCUGUUGGAAGCCGCCCAGAGUGGCUGGGGAAGCCCAGCCAGAUGGGCGGGGUAUUAAUAAUAAUAAUAAUAAUAAUAAUAAUAAUAAUGGGAUGAGGAAAAGUGAUGCUCUGAGGACAGAUAGUCCACUUUGUGGCUCAGUGACUGGAAAUGGGGAGCCUGUAGACUAGUUGAUCUGUGCAUUUAUGUAGAAAAUUAAUAGUACAAGGUUCAAGUUAGGUGGAAGUUCAUUUUUGUCAAUUUAACAUACUGGGCCAGCUAGAUUAAAAUCUACAACCAGGUUGUUAUAAUUUACAAGCAUGGCCAAUCAGCAAGGAUGAUGGGAGUUAUAGUUCAGCAGCCCCUGGAAGGCCAAAGGUUCCCCCCACACCCCGGGUUAGAUGCUCCAGUUUUGGAAUCUGGGGAGCAUUAUGUCUGCUGUUUCUUUUUUUCAAUCUGUAUUUGCCGCUUACCUCUUAUCCUGAUGUUUUAAGCUGUUAUUUUUAAAGGCUAGUCCAUGUUUCCAACUGUAUCUUAUUGCCCUGUUUGUGAGAUUCAUUGAAACAAAACGCAGUUUAGAAGAGCAUCCAGCAAAUAAAAGCGAUGUGAUGCGCAGGUGUGAAAACUCAAAAUGUGAUCAUAUUGCAUCACAGCAUGAGUAGGGAGAGUUCAUUAUGGAAGAAAGUGGCACAGACAUGCCAUGACACACUCGUGUUGCAGCUGGUCUAGACUAGUUGAGGAUUGCUCCAUGCUGCUUUAUUCUGUAUUGUUUUGCUUUGAGGUCAAGGCUGUUCACUUUUAACUUUUUCUACAGUACCAAUCAGUGUACACAGAGCCUUAACUGAAAAAUAAUAACAGUGUGACAAAAAUAGGCAGGAGAUUGCAAUUGGCAACAGGGAAACAAAAGAGAAAGGGGGGAAGAGAGAAAGGGGCAGCAACAGAGAAAUGUGGGGUAAAUGCAGCUUUACUUACUUAAAACCCUUUAAAGCUCAGGGGAGGAUCAAGGACUAAUGGCAAGGGUGAGAUUUAAAGAAGGGAUUUGAAGGAGAUAAAAUACUACAUGCACCUUUAGGAAGGGUGUAUGGGAUAAUAGGUAGAGUCACAACAGAGUGCAAUAGACCUUUGGGAGGCUGAGAUUGGCUCGGUUUAAGGAGCAGAGAUUGUGAGGGAAGCAAGCAAUUGGGUUUUAAGAAGGAGGCUUCACACUGCCUAAGUGAUGAGUGUGAUAAAUGAGUUUGGAGGCAGCAUUAUAGACUGAGAAACUACUGAAUGAUUGGGGGAGGGAGAGAAAAUGGCAGUCAUCGCAGACACAGGUGAAUGGCCAGAGCAUAGCAGAAUUUAAGCUGACCAGACCGAGAGAAGUUGGAGGGCUUUGGGGGAGAAGUGACACAGCUGUGUAACCAACGCAAAGGAGAGGGAGAUCUUAGAGAUAAAGCCAAGGCUGCCUACGUGGUCAGGAGGAAAGGUUGCUGAGAGAUAUGGAGAGUAAUCAAGGAGAAUUAGCCCUGGCAGGAAAGAUAAGCAGUUCAGGCUGAUACACAUGGAAUUUGAAACAGCGAUUAGACAUUCAGGUUAUUGGACAGGGAAAUGGAGGGGGAGAGGUGUGGGGUAUACAGUUCCAGUUCCCUAUAACUUUGGAGGGCUUAAACCUGAUCCAGCCAUUCAGAUACACACAUAGUACAGUACUACACAUAACUGGACCGCCUCAUAAUAUGUGUGGGGAUUAUUUCUUGAGUGGACUCCGUGACAAGUUCCAUCCGCGCAGAAUGCUAAGAGCCAUUGUAUGCAAUACUUAAAAUAGAUGGCUAAAUUCUGGAUUUUACCGCUGUGCAGCACAUAGCCAAGCAAUUGUUUUUUAAGUGUUCCUCUUAUAGAAAGCUCUGUAAACAGUAAAACUAGUACAUCCAUGGAGAGAGCUGAACUAAACUUCUUAAUGCCCUGGUUUCCUACAUGCAUUGCAUUUUGUUUUGUUUUGUUUUGUUUUGUUUUGUUUUGUUUUGCUUUGUGAGGGAAUACACCUUCAGUCUAAAGUGGGACAGCUACCAAAACACUCUUACAUCUUACUCAGUGUUAUCUGUGGACUUAAUGUCCAUAUUGAAUUAACUGGCACAACUCCCUGACAUUUCUCUCUCUCUAAUAGACAAGAGAAAUUAUGACAGGGGCAUUUUCAGGCAAGUUAACCCUCCUGCAAUCCAAAGGAGGAUUCUACCAUCUGUAGAGCUGAACAUUUUGAUUAAGGCUUUGGGAGAUGCUUCCUGACCCAUUAAUGCUGUAGCUCAAGAAUAAGGAAAAGCACCAAUUACACAGCUCAGUUUUGCAAGGAAGUUGGAAGGCUGUGCAAAAACAAAACAAGUUUCGGUUUUGCUUCCUUGAUGUGCACAGCUUCCCUUGUCAAUCACCCGCUGUCAUCUUCGUUGACUUCUCUUUCAUCCUCACUAGCUGCUCUCGGCUGCCAGCCUAUUCCAGUUGGACGGCCUCCAGCGACACUGUGAAAUACUUUGCGCCCAAACCAUCAGCACCGAAAGCUGCGUCAACAUCUAUAAAUAUGCCAAGGUAAAGGACAAGUCCUCUUCCGUUCAGCCUCAAUAAGACUUGCAAGUGUUUUCAGGUGCUGUGAAUGUAAGAAUAGCCCUGCUUGAUCAGAGCAAGGAGUAAUCUAGUUUUGCUGCUUGUUUCAAUCAGUGGCUGGGCAGCUUUGCUUUUGGAGAAGUCCAGAAGGACACAAAGGACACAGUUCACCACUUCUUGCUUGUCCACAACAAGCAAGUAUGCUGUAUUUGAAUUAUGUCGACUGAGCAAUCCCAGGCGAGAUGCUCCUCUGCAUAGAAGAACAUUAAGGGGUGGUAUUUGAUUAAAUAAUACAAUGAACGAAAUGACUUCCCACUUGUGCCCACUCCACUCACCAUGUCCACCCCCCAUCUGUUCCUCUAGAGCAGAUUUGGGGGUGGCAUAGGGUAUACACAGAAGAAGAUAUAAUACUUCUCUCCUUCAGAAGAAGGAGAGAAGGGAAGUCCCAUUGCACAAGCAGAGGAGUUGUUGCGUUGGCUCAGUUAUUUAGUUGAAUGCCACCCACGGAAAACUGGGAUGUCAAAUGGCAGAUGAAGUUGAUGGACUAUAUGGAACUGGCGGAAAUGACUGGCAGAAUCCGAAACCAGGGAGAAGAGUCGGUGGAAGAAGACUGGAAAAAAUUUAAAGACUAUUUACAGAAAUACUGUAAAAUUAAUGAAUGUUAGAAAAAUGUUGGAAUGACGUUAUAUGGCUUUAGUAGAAACGUUAUAAGGAAUUAAGUAUAAAUAGAUUAAUAGAGUAUUAAAGGAAAAAAUAAGGUUAGAAUGAGUUAAGAUAAUUUUAGGAUAGAAAACAGAGAAAGAUGGAAAGGAAUUGCUGAAAUAAUUAACAGAAGUGGAAUACAAAAAGGGAGGUAUGAGGAGGUCGUGGAAAUAAGUGAAUGAAAGAUGGGAUAAUGAAAUUGUUUGAUUUAUUUUAUUGUUUUUGUUUUGUUUUGUUAGUAUAAUGUAUUGCAUUGUAUUGUCUUUUUAGUGUUUAAAUUUUUGGAAAAGUAAUAAAUAUUAUUUUUAAAAAGAAAAAAGAAAACUGGGAUGUCAGUGACAUUGUGCCAUGGAGAAAGUUUCUAGCAGUCCAUCUUCUAAGCUCCCAUUUGCAGUGUGAAGUGGUGCAGCUAAGGCACAGACUUGCCACUUUGCCGCUCGGAAAAAAGGAGAGGAAAGGCAGUGUUGUUGUAAUGAUGCACACGUUAUCAGCAGCAGCAAAUACAGUGAUACCUCAGGUUAAGUACUUAAUUCGUUCCGGAGGUCCGUUCUUAACCUGAAACUGUUCUUAACCUGAAGCACCACUUUAGCUAAUGGGGCCUCCCGCUGCCGCUGCGCCACCUUAGCACAAUUUCUGUUCUCAUCCUGAAGCAAAGUUCUUCUGAGGUACCACUGUAGUCUUAACAAGUUAGAGUCAACUAAUUGUUAGGCCUUGUUCAUAAAUCCUACAUUGGUCUAUCUUUCUGUGGCAGGAUUCCUAUUCCACAAGCAGCUCCAUGGCUUGUAGAUGCUCAGCAGAUGUUUUCAAUCAACACUGCAUCUUCCUUCUAGGGAAAGUGUCACUUGUUUAAUUUCUGCCCAGCACCCCAUUAUUAAAAGCACCAGAAUCAUGUUAAGAAGCAGGCAAUAACUCCAGCAUGAACCGGGGUAUGAUGCAGGUGUUGCAUCAGGGUGACACAAGUGACUAGGCCUGGUAUAUCCAACACCACAACCAUUUUUCAAAUAUUUAUUGCUUCUUCGUUGGAACUUUCACUUCUAUGAACUGGGAAGGUGGUGGACUUUAUGACGCCCAUAUUAUAUUUUUAAGGAUGCUGUGGAAGGGAAACACCAGAAACAGACUCCCUCAUCAUACAUACUUUUUAUCAAGACAUAUCAUCAGAACGUUUUUCUACCAAUGAGGUGGCAGCCCAGUAGAAUAUAAAUAAUCAGGGGCUGGAACCAUCUUUCCCAACACAGCAGCAGGGUACCUUAGAGUAGCUCUUGUGUGUUCUAUUAAACAUCCACUUUUUCUAAGGCUCAUCGUAUAUGCACAGAAUUUCUUUGACUGCUAAUACCAUGUGCCAUCUGGUACUGCUCAUUAUGCUCUCGUGGGGUGCCACAUGGAUUGCACCCUCACAUAACAAAACAGGUAUCAUCUUGGCUAUUUCAUUGACCAGCUGCUCUUUUCCUUUAAGAGUUACUUGACUUUGGCUCAACAAGCAGCAGGAGAUCACAAAGGGAUUAGAAAGAGGGAGACUUUUACCCUCUUUAAAAUAUCCCAGUAGAACUGCCCCCCCCAACACACACACACACAGGGGACAGAAAAUAUUCGUUAACCCCGGGAUUAAUAUCCUCUUAACCAUUUGCUGUCAGCAUUUAAACCUCCCCAUACACUGAAGCUGUCUGAGUGGGUGGGGGAGAGAGAGGCGAUAAUUGACAGCUGCAUAAAAAAUCCCACUUAUCCACCAAUCUGACAUGCUGCUCUUCUGUUUUUCAGAUCCACAGUGCCCAGGAACUAGUCUGUUUCUGCGAGGGCUUCUUCCUCAAACACAUGAGUGCCUUGUUGGACCAGGAGCCUUUCAAACAGCUCAUCUAUGGCAGGAACAGUAAAGUUCAGGGUCUGGAUCCCCUGCAGGACUUGCAGUCCACACUGGCCAGCAGACUUCAUUCCAUUUACAUCACCUCAAGGGUGUGAUUGCCAAGAGGAACUACAGUGACCCUGUCUGGAUAAGCUGGGAUGCUCAAAGCACUUGCUCAUCUAACUGCACUAGGACGGGAUUUUGGCCCAAAUUUGCUGGCUUCCCUCGCCAGCAACUGGAUUGCUGAAAGUUCCUCCACCAGAUCCAAAAAUCCCCAGUACAAAAGACCUGACCAUCCACUGUGCAGCUGGGAUUUAUAGGCACGGACACCCAAAGCAAAUACUCCAGUCUAGCUCAGGAAACCUUGCUUGCUGGAUUAGAAGCUGCGAGUAUAAAUCAUUCAGGCAGGAAAACAUGCAGUCUGUUGCGUUUUUGUGAAGGAGAUGCACAUUCCGAAGUAUGUUGGAAUGUACAUUCUCCACCACAUUUAGUUGCAUGUCAACAGCUUGUUUGGGUGUGACAAAACUGAAUCGGUACCUUAAUGCUUUGAUCUGUACUGAAAAUUAGAUGGCAGGGUUGGGAAGUCGGUAACUGGGAACAAAACUCCUCCCUAACACCCAGGGCUUUUUUCAGCUGGAACUCACUGGAACUCAGUUCCAGCACCUCUCAGGUGGGUGCCAUUGCCAUUCUAAAAGAACGAGGGAGGAGUUCAUGGUGAGUUCUGGCACCUCUUUUUCUAGAAAAAAUAGCACUGCUAACACCCAACACUUUUGUCAAGGGUUGCUUCCACCUUUGCAUUCUCUACUGGAUGAACAUUUAGGGUGGAAUAUUUAAAAAAACUGGGACAUCAUGCCAUCUAUGCAAAGCGCUCACUGUUUGGGGAGAGAUUUGCAAGUGAACGAUGCUUCUUCUGUGAAGGGCGUAUUGUUAAUAGACUAAAGGAGGAAAAGGAUAGAGGGGAGCUGUAUAGGAGCAAGGGGGAGAGAGAUGUGUUGCAAAUGUAUUUGUAGAGCGUGGAUUUGUAGACCUGUGGCUCUCCAGGUCUUGCUGGCCUCAAACUCCCAUCAGCCCCAGCCAGCAUGGCCAGUCUUGAGGGAUGAUGGGAGUUGCAGUCCCACAGUAUCCAGAUGGUCACAGGCUCCCCGCUCCUGUUGUAGUGUUUCAGGGAAGUUACUAGAAGUGUAAUAGAAAUGUGGGACUUGGUGUGAAUAUAUGUUUUAGAGGCAAGAGAAGAUUUUCUCCACAAUCAUAUCUAGUUUUUUUCCGACCCUGUGAACUGCCCUCCUCACGCGCUGAAGCAUUUUCGUUUUAACAUGUCAUUGGGAGGUUGGGAGAGCAUUCAAUACAAAACUAAGCAUCUUUGUAAAUGAUUAUUUCAUCAAUUUUGAGGAGGAUAAAGGUCAAAGCACUUCAGCGUAUUAUGGCUGAGAAAAUUAACUCUGAGGUAGACACCUUUUCUCAGGCAUCAAGCCUACUUUCUUGCAUCUCUCACUCACCACUGAACCAUUUGUCUCUCUCUACGUCAUCUUUCUGCAUAAUACACCAACAUCACACAGUACUGAAAUGUCAUUGCUGCCAAGGUAAAAGAAUUCAGCCCUUCAAAAAGCCAGGAGGAACUUCAUGAGCUGCACAUAUUGUAAGUGGGCCAGGAAUAGGGAGAGGAUCAGAAUGCUAAAAGUUAAAAAAUGCUCAGUGCAAACAGGCUCUUGCACAGUAGCUGUCCGAGGCAGUUGUUAAACUAAGUAAGAUUAUACACCCUUCAAUCAAUCACUUUUGAAAUUUGGACCAGAAACGAACCCACAAAUUCAUAUUUCCCUCCCUGACCCCAGAAAUCACAGAAAAGAUCAAGCUUGUUUGGGAAUAUCCCCAAAAGUUGUAAUUCUGGAAAAUAAUUUUGAAAAAGCUGUUUCAGCUAUCUGUACAAAAAAAAAAAUUAUAGAUUCUGUUGCAUUGCUGUAAUGUUGUCUGCUACAUUAACUGUACAUUAAUGUCACUUAUGUAAAUGUACCAUAUUUUAUUAACAACAUAACUUUUGUUAAACUUUA